CACAGUUUCCUCCGUUUUAUAAUACACUCUAGUGACAAAACUACCUAAAUCCACCCCCAAGUACUAAAAAUCGUGAAAAACCCCCCAUUCCGCGAGAGCCGCGAAAACCGCGAGAACCGCGAGAUCCGCCAAGUCCUCCCUAAAAGGCUCGCAGAAAGAAAAAAUCGAGAUUUUGGGGGAUGUUUUGGGGAUAUCCUGUGAUUUCAAGUGAAAAUUGAGAAAGGGGUGGAACACCUUUUCUCGUCUGUGAUCACCAGGAGGUGGUGGAUUUGACGAUUUCUCCUGGGACACCUUUUGUCGUCGAUUUUUUUUCACAUUGAUUAUGGUUUUGAUGGGGGAAAUCAUUGGCGAUAAUUAGAAGAAGUGGGACGGUCCCUUGACCCUGCAGGGAUAUGACGUAAUGGCAAGAGAGGAGUUACGGAGCAAAAGACCUUUCAAGAUAUGGGACAGCUGGCGUAAUGUGAGAAAAGGUCUUGUCGUGAGCAAUUUCGAGGAACUUCUGCAUCGAGGUAAGGAGAAAUUGGGCGUGCCGCAGAACGAAAUUGUGAGUUUUGUACUGGAGUCUGAUGGAACUCAGGUAGAAGACGGUGAAUACUUCAAGACCCUAGCCAACAACACCAUCCUCUUGCUCCUGAGGCACGGCGAGAGAUGGUGUCCAACUGGUGUCGACAUAAUCCGCGCAGCGAUAUCAGCAAUACCAAAAAUAGUGUGUGAAACGAUUCACGCAUUGGAGUUGCACGAUGAGACGCCCUCGUGGAAGAUCAUGGACAAUAAGGGACGUGUCACAGUGGUACUCCAUUGGGACCAACGUUCACCAAGCUCCAGCCAACACCAGCAGUCCCAAUCCCAGCAGCCAACAGUUCAACAGCCAAAAGGUGAUCCAGUGAGCUCUAAGUACUCACCAACAAAGAAAAGUGACUUGAGCAAUCAACGUCCCUCCCUAGUUAUUCAAACAAGCCUUGACAAAUUGGGGUACAGUAAAACGAGUCACGGUGAGCUUCUACCACCCCGUUACAUCAGCCCCCAAAUAACUGUGAUAAAUCAUGACGACAUGGUGCAAAAGAGUUUCACUAGUCCGAGUAAUAGUUCCUACGGAUCAAUAAGUGGACAAUUACCACAGGGUGUACAACACCAUGGAAUGGCCCGGGGUCUCGUCAAACAGGGGACAAAUUCAUUCGAAAGCACAACAAUUCAUAUCCACACACCGGAGUGCUCAAAUCGUAUACAUCAACCAGUGAGAAAUGGCUCACCAGUUAAUGGUGCUGAUGGUGGACCAAGUGAAUGUGAUUUUCACUGCUGUGCACUCCACGAAGAGGGAAGAAGAAUUGCUGUACACAAAUCCGUAGCAACAUCACCAAUUCAGGAUCAGCAUGCAGCCCAGAGAGAUCAGCAUCAGCAGCAGACACAGACACAGACACCAUCACCACAGCCACCAUCAUCAUUGUCCGAUGGCACAAAACGUACUGGUAUGGGCAAGGGACAUGUGAGAUUUCGUGAUACAGCUGAUGAGGAGUCACCGAGAAAUUCUGCCUUUCACAUGCAUCAUCACAAUCAUCAUCAGGAGCACGACAGCUCGGAGUCGGAAACUGAGAACACUAUAAUGGAGGAUGAAAUUGUAACUUCGGAAAAAUUUUUGUUACUCAUUGAUCAGUUGACUGUUGAUCAGAAGCAUCAUUUAAGUAUCAAGGACAUUGGCAUUAUUCUGGAGAGAUUGAGCUCAAAAAUACUUGAUGUUGAGAGGCUUGAUCGUGAAAGUGAGAGCGAGGAAUGCUACAAUUGGACCAUCAAGGCUAUUAUUCGGGGUGAUGUGCUUAGGGAACUCGGGGUUAUUUACAAUGGUAAUUAUUAUGCUAUUAGUGAGCAUCCUGGGUACAAGGAGGAGUCCGAGGAAAAUAAUGAGGAUAAUGAGGAGGAGGAAGAGGAUAGACUUUAAUAAUUAUCAUUUUUUUAUGGGGUUUAAGUAAUUAGAUAGCAUUGGAAUACACUGGGAUGUUGACUUUUUUUCGUUUUUCCUUUCUCGAUUCAGCUUCUCGGGAUUUGUCGCGGGGAUUCAGGCCGCGUUCAGGGGAAUACGCUGAUUUUUCACGGGUUCGUUGAAGUUUCAGGGGAUUUUCAAGGGGUCGGGGGUUCAGGGAGCGUUUUUCGGUCAGAAGAAAUUUUUUGGAAUAUUCGGGGUGGAGGUGGUGGAGGGUUUUUCGGUUUGAUUUUUCGUCUGGGGUGAUGGGAAUUUGGGAAUUACUGGAGAUUCAGGGUUUUCAGGGAAUGGGGAAUCGGGGGUUCAGGGGAAUUAUUCUAGGGAAAGGGUGAGUUCAGGGAGCAGGGGAACAUGACUUUGGAUUUUUCGAUUGUUUGAAAUUUCAGGAAAAUUAGGGGCUUUCAGGGACACUGGGGGUUUCAGGGAAUUUUUAUAUGGUUAAAUAUUCAGGAUUUUUGGCACGGCGGAUCGAGGAAUUUUUUUAAAGUUAAUCCAAUUGUUUUUGAUUUUUCGUUUGGCACUGAAAAUUCAGGGUUUUCAGGAAAUCUCAGUAUCAGUUCAAUUAAUCCCUGAAAAUGCGUGAGAGUUAGGGAAAUUCCGAGAAAAAUCCUCUCCAAUCCCCAAUCCCUUGAACUUUCAGGAAAAUCGUGAAAAUUAAUUUUUAUUCCCCUGAAAAAUCAGGAUUCCCCCUGAAUUUUCAGGGAGUCUCAAAGUUUCAGCUUUUGAUCGCCUGAAAUUGAAUUUAGCGUAAUCUACCCGACGAUUCAGCAUUUGUUUUUUUUUUUUACAAAUGAAACAUAAGACCCACAGAUUUGCGGAAUUCUCCCCUCGGUUUUUAGGAAUUUUUCACGGGUGUGGAGCUAAAACAAUUCAUCAUAAUUAAAUAAUACGAUAAACAAGAUGAAAACAUUAUAAACAUUAGAUCUAAAGACGGUUGUUGAAUAUGUACUUAUUGAAUAGUAUGUAUACUUGUAGGAAACAUUUUUUGGGAUACGGAUGCUCUCCGUAACCGUCCACGACACUGCCCUAUCUUAAAAGAAAAUACACAGGUAAGAAAUAGAUAACAAUUAAAGAAAAGAUGCAAUUACAAAUGGCGAAGGGUAAGGACAAGAGCAAAUACUGGAAAAAAAACAAUAAUUAAAUCGACCGCAUCCUCAAAAAGUUCUCUUGAAUGGCAAUUAAAAUUCCAUUAAAUAACAAUAAAAUUCAAAAAUCCUCAUAAAAUAAUUACUGAAUAAUUG